UCAGGAUGACACCUCGUGAAUAUCCCGUUCUAUCGCGGCAGAGCACGCUCGCUGCCCUACCCACCGAGUAUGCCUCGGACGCGCAAGACCAGAUUUCCCAGCUGCUGGCCACUUCAUGCGUCAACCGGCUGGUCGUACUUGACGACGACCCGACCGGCACGCAGACCUGCCACGACAUCUCCGUGCUGGCUGUGUGGGACGUGGAGACGCUGGUGUGCGAGUUCCAGGCUCAGCCCGCCUCGCGCGGGUUCUUCAUCCUCACCAACUCGCGCGCCCUGCCGCCACGCGAGGCCGAGACCCUCCUCCACACGAUCUGCACGAAUGUGGCGGCCGCAGCCUCCCAGACGGGGGAAAAAGUGGACAUCGUCCUCCGUGGCGACAGCACGCUGCGCGGCCAUUUCCCGCUCGAGGCGGACGUCGCGCAGGAAGUUUUCGGCGCCGCGGACGCCUGGGUGCUUGCCCCCUUCUUCUUCCAGGGUGGGCGCUUCACGAUCGAUGACGUCCACUACGUCGCUGAGGCGGACGACCGGCUCGUCCCCGCGGGCAAGACGCAGUUCGCCCGUGACGCCUCGUUCGGGUACUCGAGCUCCAACCUGCGCGACUACGUUCGUGAAAAGGCCCCCGGGCGGUUCGACAGCACCGAACAGAUCCAGUCCAUCACUCUCGAGGAUAUACGCGUCGGGGGCCCUGACGCUGUUUUCCACAAGCUCAUGGGCGUUCCUCGCGGGGCUGUGGUGAUUGUCAACGCGGCGGCCGAGUCGGAUAUGCAUGUCUUUGUUGCAGGAUUACUCUUGGCCGAAUCACAUGGAAAACACUACCUGUACCGAACGGGGGCCGCCUUCGUCUCGACCCGGCUGGGCAUCCGCUCCAAACCGCCCAUCACAGCUGCAGAGCUGCAGCUCGCCCGCCCGCGCGAGACCGGUGGCCUAAUCAUCGCAGGCUCGUAUGUGCCCAAGACGACCGCGCAGCUCAAGGUCCUCACCGACCGACGCGGGAAAACGCCCCCAACAGACCCGGCCAGCCUAGCUAUCAUCGAGAUGAACGUGGCGGACCUGAUUGCCUCGGAAGAGAGCACCGCGGAGAAAGUCAUCGAUCAGACUGUCCGUUCCGUCGAGGGAUAUCUACGCGCAGGCCACGACACGCUCGUCAUGACCAGCCGCACGCUCAUCACGGGGGCGGACGACCUGUCCUCGCUUGCCAUCGGGUCGAGCGUCGCGCGAGCCCUGGUCAGUGUGCUGCAGCGGAUAGAGGUUCGACCGAGAUAUAUCAUCGCAAAGGGCGGCAUCACCUCUUCCGACGCGGCAACCAAAGGCCUGAAUUUCAAGCGAGCCACAAUAGUAGGCCAGGCGGCUCCCGGUGUACCCCUUUGGCGAUGUGAUGAGGAUACCAGUCGGCAUCGGGGUGUGCCUUUUGUCGUUUUUCCCGGGAAUGUUGGGGUGGAAGAGACGCUGUGCGAGUUAGUGGAGGCGUGGUACUAAUCAUGUAGUAUCGAUCUAGUUAUAAUGGUAGAAUAGAAAUGACCAAGGCCAGAACGAGU